CUAUUAAAAAACAUAUAGGCGCACUUUGGAUUGCAUUUGCUGCUUGCUGCUCUUGCUACCUACUUACAGUACCUAUUCGACUUUUCUUCAGGUGUGACGAUCGGGAUACAACUGAACUACGAGUAUCACGACAGGCCCAUUAUACCAUAAUGGGUAGUGAGGAGAGCAACAUGUCGGGCCCAACCCGCAUCUCCAUUCUCGGGUCCGACUCUAUCAUUGUCGACCACGACAUCUGGAGGACCUUUGUUCCUGGCGACCUCCUCGACAACAUCAAAUCUUCUACCUAUAUCCUUAUUACCGACUCUAAUCUGCAUGAUCGCUAUGUUCCUCCCUUUGUAGACCUCUUCAACCAGGCCAUCGAGAGCCGAAAUCUGCAGACCCGACUUCUCACUUAUACCAUCCCCCCCGGUGAGACUUCUAAAAGUCGGGAGACCAAAGCCGAGAUAGAAGAUUGGAUGUUGGCUCGGCAAUGUACGAGGGACACGGUCAUAAUUGCUCUGGGUGGUGGUGUCAUUGGUGAUAUGAUUGGCUAUGUCGCUGCCACGUUCAUGCGCGGCGUCCGCUUUGUCCAAGUCCCGACCACUUUACUUUCCAUGGUGGACUCCUCUAUUGGCGGCAAGACUGCCAUCGACACCCCCAUGGGCAAGAAUCUAAUUGGGUCCUUCUGGCAACCACAGCGUAUCUAUAUAGAUCUCGCCUUUCUCGGAACUCUCCCCGUACGCGAAUUUAUCAAUGGCAUGGCUGAGGUCAUCAAGACCGCCGCAAUAUGGGACGAGUCCGAGUUUACCACCUUGGAACAAAAUGCUGCUCUAAUCCUAAGCUCUAUUAGGUCCAAGACAGCCAACCCCAGCGACAGACUAUUACCGAUCCGCGCUAUCCUCAAACGCAUUGUCCUUGCCUCCGCCCGCGUUAAGGCCGAAGUUGUCUCCAAGGAUGAGAAGGAGGGCGGCUUACGAAACCUACUAAAUUUUGGUCACUCCAUUGGCCACGCUUUUGAAGCUAUUCUAACUCCCCAGGUCCUGCAUGGAGAGGCUGUUGCCAUUGGCAUGGUAAAAGAGGCCGAAUUAGCUCGUUAUCUAGGUGUCUUGCGGCCGGGCGCAGUAGCUCGGCUCGUCAAGUGUAUUGCGAGCUACGACUUGCCGACUUCCCUCCACGACAAACGCAUUGUAAAGUUGACGGCCGGAAAGCAAUGUCCCGUAGACGUGCUACUACAAAAAAUGGCUGUAGAUAAGAAAAAUGACGGAAAGAAAAAGAAGAUUGUACUUCUAUCUGCUGUGGGCCAGACUCAUGAGCCCAAAGCUAGCGUGGUCGACGAUAGUGCCAUCAGAGUUGUGCUCUCCCCUGCCAUUCGGGUCAUUCCCGGAGUGCCGAAGGGGUUAAGCGUGCAGGUGACGCCUCCGGGAUCCAAGAGCAUCUCUAACCGCGCCCUGGUGCUCGCUGCUCUCGGUCAGGGAACUUGCCGGGUCAAGAACCUUCUUCAUUCUGACGAUACCGAAUACAUGUUGUCGGCUAUCGCCAAACUUAAUGGGGCCACUUACUCCUGGGAGGAUGCAGGUGAAGUUCUUGUGGUCACAGGAAAAGGAGGCAAGCUUCAGGCGAGCGACGAAGCGCUCUACCUUGGAAAUGCCGGCACAGCAUCUCGUUUCUUGACCACCGUAGUGGCUUUAUGCUCUCCAUCCAGCACGGCCUCGACUGUCUUGACCGGAAAUGCCAGGAUGAAGGUCAGGCCUAUCGGUCCACUCGUCGAUGCCUUGCGGUCAAAUGGUAUCAACAUCAAAUAUCUCGGACAGGAGCACAGCCUCCCCGUGCAGGUUGACGCAGCCAGCGGCCUCGAUGGUGGUGUCAUUGAACUAGCUGCGACUAUUUCAUCACAAUAUGUCUCAUCUCUUUUAAUGUGCGCGCCAUAUGCCAAGAAGCCUGUCACUCUUCGUUUAGUGGGUGGCAAGCCAAUUUCGCAACUAUAUAUCGACAUGACCAUCGCUAUGAUGGAGGCAUUUGGCAUAUCCGUCACGAAAUCUGCGGACGAACCUCACACCUACCAUAUCCCCCAGGGUGUUUAUAAGAAUCCCGACGAAUACGUCGUAGAAAGCGACGCCAGUUCAGCAACUUACCCUCUUGCUGUCGCCGCCAUUACCGGCACUACUUGCACAAUCCCUAACAUUGGUGCAAACUCCCUCCAGGGGGAUGCUCGCUUCGCAACGGAUGUCCUACGUCCGAUGGGAUGUACGGUGGAACAGACCGCUACGUCGACUACUGUGACGGGCCCAAGCCCAGGUAGCUUGAAGGGCAUUGACGUCGACAUGGAACCUAUGACCGAUGCUUUCUUGACAGCCUCCGUGCUGGCUGCCGUGGCAUCGGGGGAGACACGGAUUACUGGCAUCGCUAACCAACGUGUCAAGGAAUGCAAUCGUAUUGCAGCCAUGAGGGAGCAGCUUGCCAAAUUUGGAGUGCACUGCAGGGAACUUGAAGAUGGCAUUGUCGUGUCAGGGAAGCCACUCACCGAGCUUUCCGAGCCGACCGAAAGCAUUUACUGCUAUGAUGACCACCGCGUGGCCAUGAGCUUCAGUGUCAUAUCCGUUGUAGCACCGAGCCCUGUCCUUAUCCUAGAACGUGAAUGUACAGGCAAAACAUGGCCUGGGUGGUGGGAUGUGUUGGCCCAGUCAUUCAAGGUUAGCCUAGCAGGUGACGAUGUUACGCCUACUACGCACAAACCCGCAAAGGCAAAGGCAGCAGAAAUUGGGCCAUCUAUCUUCAUUAUUGGAAUGCGGGGUGCGGGAAAGACCACGACGGGUCGCUGGAUGGCGGACAUUCUCGAGUACUCCUUUAUCGACCUUGACCAUGAAUUAGAAAGGCGAGCUGGCAUGACGAUCCCACAAAUCAUCAAUGAAAGCGGACGAGGCUGGGAGGGUUUCAGGCACGACGAACUUGAGCUCUUGAAAGAUGUCAUGAAAAACCAAAGUCAGGGCCAUGUCUUUUCUUGUGGUGGCGGUAUCGUUGAGGCGCCCGAAGCGCAGGAGCUACUAAUUUCUUACCAUCGUAAUGGUGGUAUAGUGCUCCUCGUGAACCGCGAUCUCGAGCAGAUGAUAGAGUAUCUCAUGAAAGACCAGACUCGUCCUGCUUACACAGAGGAGAUUCGAGGUGUCUAUGAGCGCCGCAAACCUCUAUUCCAGGAAUGCAGCAAUUAUGAGUACCAUAGUCCUAUCCUUGACCCGCCUGGAGGCCUUGAGAACCCCCCAGCCGACUUCGUCCGCUUCGUGUCGGUAGUCACCGGGAAGGACAAGGGCUUCGAACACCUCAAGAAGCGACCUCUCUCUUUCUUCGUGUCGCUCACCUUACCUAGCGUGUCGUCAGCGCUCGAAGUGAUACCACGUGUGGUAGUCGGCGCGGACGCCGUCGAAUUACGGGUCGAUCUACUCGAUGAUAUCUCUCCGGAAUCUGUGACAAAGCAAAUUUCUCUGCUACGUUCUACAGCGAACAAGCCCAUCAUUUUUACACUUCGGUCCAAGUCACAGGGAGGUCGUUUUACCUACACGUCGGAGACGGAAUUGCUCCCCUUGUAUCAGACAGCCAUGCGCGCGGGCGUGGAGUACGUGGAUGUUGAGAUGACGCUUUCAGAUGAGACUUUAGCCGUCAUCCUCGAGUCCCGGGGCAGUUCAACGCGUGUCAUAGCAUCACACCAUGACCCCGAAGGCAAGUUAUCCUGGACCAACGGUGGCUGGCAAACGUGGUAUAACCGAGCUUUGCAAUGUGGCGAUAUUAUCAAGCUAGUGGGUGUUGCGAAGAAGAUGGAGGAUAACUUCUCACUCGCUACCUUUAAGGAUAGAAUGUUCAACGCACACGGGAAACCCAUCAUAGCCCUUAACAUGGGCACCAUAGGCAAACUUUCACGUAUACUGAAUGGUUUCCUAACACCUGUUUCGCAUCCCGACUUGCCUUUCAAGGCAGCUCCUGGCCAGUUGUCAGCAGCUGAGAUCCGUACUGGACUGUCCUUAAUCGGACAGCUCGACGCGAAGCAAUUCUAUUUAUUCGGUAAACCUAUCUCGGCAUCCCGGUCCCCGGCUUUACAUAAUACCCUAUUCCGCCAGACCGGACUGCCUCACAAGUACUCCCUAUUUGAGACCGAUUCCGCGGCCGAUAUUCAAAAGGUGAUUCGGUCACCUGAUUUUGGAGGUGCCUCGGUCACUAUCCCACUCAAAAUCGAUGUCAUGGGCCUACUUGAUGUUAUCUCAGAGCCGGCUAAAGUGAUCGGCGCUGUCAAUACGAUUACACGCGUUUCCUCGGAUGACGAAGAGAAGAUACGGUUGCGUGGGGAUAAUACGGACUGGAGUGGCAUGGUUUACUCCCUACAUUCAGCAGGGCUAGUUACACCGAAGGUAGGCACACGUAGCGCGAUGGUGGUGGGUUCCGGUGGUACGAGUAGAGCUGCCAUCUACGCACUACAUCAUCUUGGCUACAGCCCUAUCUACAUAUUGGCACGAAACUCCAAGGCUGUCCAAACUCUUCGUGAGCAAUUUCCCCCCGACUACAAUAUCAAGCAAGUCACCGAGACUUGCCACGUAGACUUCCACAACGAUCCAGAUGUUGUCAUCAGCACAAUUCCUGCCGAUAAGCCGAUCGACAGCGACCUGUACCACCUGCUCAGAUAUUUAUUGAGGGAGGCUAGGGACCCGCCAAAUUACUUGCUAGAGAUGGCUUAUAAGCCUCGCUGCACACCAGUCAUGGAGCUGGCGGAAGACGCGGGCUGGUACACCAUUCCGGGUCUGGAGGUGCUUGCAUCACAAGGCUUCUAUCAGUUCCAACUCUGGACGGGCAUUGUACCUCUCUUCCCCGACGUACGAGCAGCUGUCCUAGGCGAGUAAGUAGGUGCGAUAACACGACACGUCAGUAGUGGCACGCUGGACACAUUUUGAGAUUUGUACGCAUAUCUAUUACCUGGUGCUUUCCGACGCUAUCUACCUAACCUAGUUUGAUCCAUGCCUACCUAAUCACGUAGCGUACUUACGUAGUGUCAAGGAUAUUUUAUGCAGAUAAUACUACCAAAUAUUUCCUCCUUGCCAUAUCUACAUAUUAGUUGGUUCCAUAUACGUUACGUACAUACAUGAAAGGCUGAGUACCUACGCAUCAUUCCAUUCUCGCGGGUGUCUCAGCAUCGCCCUGAUACCUACCUAAGUACCGUCCGUGUCUUCCGGAGCCAUGAGAGUCACCUAUGAAGU